AUGAAGUUUGGAGAGACGUUCACGGAAUAUCUACAUGGAGAAGAGGGGUGGUUCCUAGAAAAAUGUCGUCAUGUUGAAUAUAAGAAACUCAAGAAAGUGUUGAAGAAAUGCAAGACAUGUAACUCCACAAGAUCGAAUGAUGAACACACCAACUCAUCGGCUACUUCUUUGUCUGAUUCAUGCCAAUGCCAAUCUUGCCCUAGUUGUGAUGAGAUGUUCUUUGAGGAGCUGAUGAAGGAAGCUUCUGACAUAGCAGGAUGCUUCAAGUCAAGAGUCAGGCAUCUUCUCCAUCUUCAUGUAGCCACUGGGAUGCAAAGAUACAUGAUGCGCCUACGCAGAUGCUUCACGGACGAAAAACAAGCUCUAAUCCAUGAGGGCCAUAUCUUGAUUCAGUACAUAACAAUGAACGCGAUUGCCAUCCGUAAAAUCCUCAAGAAAUAUGACAAGGUGCAUAGCUCAGUAAAUGGGAAGAAUUUCAAGUUGAAAAUGCGAGCAGAGCGCAUAGAGCUCUUGCACUCACCUUGGCUCUUAGAACUUGGAGCCUUUUAUCUCAACUCUGGUCUUGACAAAGUUGGAAACUUCAAGAACUCGUUUGGCCGCGUCUCAUGUAAUAAUCUCAACGAAGAUCAACCAGUGAUGAAACUCAUGCUGCCUAACUCAAUAGAGCUUGAGUUUGAUCUCACUUGCGCAAUCUGCCUGGAAACGGUAUUCAAUCCCUAUGCUUUAAAAUGCGGUCACAUAUUCUGUAAAGCUUGUGCAUGCUCGGCUGCUUCUGUGAUGAUUUCCCAAGGCGUUAAAGCAGCGCCACAACGUUCCAAAUGUCCUAUAUGCAGAGAGGUUGGAGUUUAUGCUGAAGCAGUUUACAUGAUCGAGCUGCACCUUUUGUUAAAGAUGCGCAACAAAGAGUACUGGAAGGAGAGGGUGAUGGGGGAACGCUCUGAGAUGGUGAAGCAGUCCAAGAUGUUUUGGAACGAACAGACGAUGCAAAUGAUCGGUUACUAA